CUUCAGUUAAUCGCAACAUCUCAUCUCUAUACCGCGCUCGUAUUUUCGUGAGUCCCGCGACGUCUUGACGAGCUUGUUCGUAACCGCCAAAAAAAUUGACGAUAACAUCGAUACCUCCAACUAUUCGAUAACUAGUCUCCACGCGAGAGUGUACUAUCGUCGAUCCAUUAUUGAUUAUUGAUUCAAAUUCGGGAAGUGACAGAUUCGAAAAACCGAAAUACGUUUUUAAUUAAGUUUUUUUUCAGUAUGUGUUGUUAAUUCAAAAAAAACCUUGUUUCAAUUCCGCGUAGCUUUGUGUUUUUUCAGCGUGGUCAUGUGUAACCGGUAGCGGUAGAAUUUUCAUAGAUUCUCAGUAGGAAUAUGGAGUAGUGCUUUUAAAUGAUUGAAAUAACGAUUAAUAGAUACAGUGCGAGUGGUAGCUGUUCGUAGAUACCGAGUGUUCUUUCAUCUAGAAACGAGACAUGAACGAAAUUCAAACGGACAAUGAGGAGGAAAAUGAUACAUCGCACGAUAGGCUUCUUCAAAUGCCGGAAGAAAGCAAAAAAGCUGAAAACGAAGAAGAUAUUAUAUCAAAAUCAAUAGGAGACUUCGGAAGAUGGCAACUCUUGCUGACGUUUAUCCUGUCACUGGUCAACAUACCUUGUACGUGGCACAUAUUCGCACCUACCUUUCAUUCCAGAGACAGAGAUUUUUGGUGCGAAAAGCCGACACAAUUCCAAUUUGUAGACUUCGACCAGUGGGAAAAUUGUCAAUCGUCCGACCAUUGCUGGAUAACACAAACAAUUUCGGACAAUAUCUCCGAUUUAUGCACGAAUAACACUGAUACUACGAUGGUGAGAUGCACCAAUUGGUUGUUCGCUGGGGAAGGUAGCACGAUUGUGUCAGAUUUUCAAUUGGUGUGUGACAGGAAAAAACUGAUCAACCUUUCGGAAAUGAUGUUUCUGGCCGGGGUCGCAGUAGGAGGACUGGUCAGUGGUAUGGUGUCCGAUAAAUAUGGCCGAAAAAAAACGUUGAUAGCUUCCGUUUUUAUGCAGUGUUCGUUGGGUACUAUGGUAGCUUUUGCUCCGUGGUUUGAACUGUACGUCGUCCUCAGAUGCUGUCUGGGCUUCUUCUCGGUAUCGGUGGUCUUCAGUGGCUUCGUUCUGGCAAUAGAGCUGGUUGGAGGUCAUUGGAGAACCAUCACCGGCAUCUCCUACCUGUUUCCAGUCUCCUUGGGUUAUUGUACCAUUGCUGGAUUAGCUUAUCUGCUGCAGGAUUGGAGGCACUUGCAACUGGCAGUAUCCUUACCAGGAGUAGCCUUUCUGGGCACUUGGUUUCUGCUGCCUGAAUCGCCACGUUGGCUUCUGGCCCUGGGCAGGACAAAGGAAGUGCUUCAAAUUUUGGAAACCGCAGCAAAGUGGAACAACAAAGAGCUUCCCUCAAAUCUUGAUAAGCAACUUAUACCCGAAGAGGGUGACCAGGAAGAGAACAAAAACGUUGGAGUGAAGGAUCUCUUCAAAACAGCACCAAUGAGAACGAAAACGUUGAUACUCUUUUUGAUAUGGUUCGGAGUGUACUUGGUUUAUUACGGUUUGGUACUAAACAUUGGCAACAUUGGAGGAAAUAUAUACGUAAAUUCGGUAUUGACAGGCCUGGUAGAAGUACCAGCAGUAGCCUUGAGCAUCUUCAUCCUGAUCAAGGGAGGCAGGAGAUGGCCCCUAGCUCUCACAAUGAUAUUUUCUGGAAUAUUCGCCGCAUUGGCUAUUCCCGUUUCCUGGAUAUCGCAAGACUUGCAAUGGUUAAUCACCACUUUUACCAUGACCAGCAAGUUCUGCAUCAGUUCAUCUAACGCAAUCAUGCCCGUUUUUACAGCUGAAUUAUACCCUACCAUCAUCAGGAAUAUUGGGGUGGGGGCAGCAAACGUACCGGCAGGGAUAGCCCUGAUGUUGGUACCUUACUUAUGGGAACUGGUGCAUCUACAUACAUCUCUUCCCCUACUAGUAAUAGCGAUAUUUGGUAUCGUUGGAGGAGCUUCAACCUUAUUUUUACCAGAAACUGGUUCUAAACCUUUGGAAAAUACGCUACACAAUACACAACCAAGUGUCAGAAAUUCUACAACGCCAUCUACCAAUGGCGACGCAAGAAAAACAAACAAUAAUUUUUAUGCGUGAUUUUUUGGUAAUGUUUAUAAAUAUAAAAAGUGUGUUCAAAUAACUUGAACACACAGUAUGUGACACAAAAAGAAGAUGUUUCUAACUUAAUAUGAUAUUGUACUUAUACUAAAGAUAUAAUACUAUUAUACUCUUAUACAAGGAAAAUGUCAAUUUGGCAAAUAUGACAAUACAAUUCACGUUUUUUUCAAACAAAGACUCAACUUUAUAUAUCUAAGUUAUUAUCACUCAUACAUAAUCUAGAUUUUUUUAUAUUUAGAGAAAAAGAAAUCAAAGAAAUAUUCCAAAUAAUGAGAAUAAACUAGAAAUAAAAUUUACACCCAACACACAAUAUUAGUCAAAAUAAUUUUUUAUUUUUAUAAAAGAAAUGUACAAAUUUGAAACUAGAAACUUAAAUAGUAUGAUAUGUAUAUAAAAUUAUUACUUUUUACGGAAUUCAAAAAAUAUAUAUUAGUAUUAAAAAUUAAAAUAGUAAUAAUAAUAUAAAUUUGUUUAUUAUUAUGAUAAGCUUGAAUUUUGAUCAAAUUGUUUCUAAUAAUAAAAAUAUAAAUAGUUGUGUAUUAUUUUCAAGAUCGCAUUAUAAUAAAUGUAAUAAAUGAGAAUAAUAAGGCUUACGUACUUAUCAAAAUAAUUAAAUUUUUUUAAUUAAAAUUUUUUUAAAAUUAUUUCAAAAAUGACAAUAAAUAAUAAUUUAUGUAAGCAAUAUGAGCCUCGUAAUUAUUGGCAAGUGUGUGUCAAAAUAAAACUGGUAGAAUUUUAUUAUACUUAUCGCAUGUAUACAGGGUGAUUCUCUUCUAGUUUGGAAUAAAUUCAGUAAAUCAAGGAUAUCUAUUUUUUCGGAAAACUGCCGGGACGCUUUGAUUACUAUUUUAAGUUGGCGCUUUUUUAUAUUAGAAAAUGUUAAACAGCUUUUCCCAAAUUUGAUAUAUAGGGUGGCCCAUUAGUACGAGAAAGUCCAAUAUCGUAUGAACAAAGAAAAAAAGUGCAUAUCAUCCUAAAAAUAUUUUGAAAAUAUAGAGUAUUCACAAAAAAAAAAUAAUGAAAAAGUUGUAUUUUUUUUAAAUUGCAACCUCCAUUUUUUUAUAGAAUACAUAUUAUGUACAAUACUGCAUAUAGUAUACUAUUUUUAUUUGAAGUACUAAGCGGUGUUGCCAUGUAUAAUUAGCUACUUUGAAUAUUUUAUCCAUAUGAAAGCAUGUGUACCUCAAUAUAACUCUUUAAGAAGUUAUGAAAAAAUAGAGCUACCAUUUAAAAAAAAAAUUGUGGAUAACGUCAUAUCUCAAAUUUAGAACAUGCUGUAUACAUUUUCUUGCAUCAAAGAAAAACAAUUUAAAAUACAAAAUCAUUAAAACACAAAAAAAUACAGAAAAUAUAAAUAUGUCUGAUUUAUUGAAUUUAUUACAAAUUAGAGAAUCACUCUGUAUAUUAUAAAUUGCAUUUAAACUACAGUCACUCUAGUACAACUAUAAAUUCAUUAUUCAUUGAUAAUAAAUAAUAAAUUAUUGUUUUAAUCUCUAUAUACAGAGUGAGUGCAAAUAGUUUUAGGGGUAGUAUAUUUUU